GUGCGGACACCGCUGCCCUUCCCGCGCUUCCUCGCCCUCAUGGGAGGCGCUCGUCGCCACCAUUGGAUUCGCCAUGAAGUUCGGGUGAGAACGUACCCUGGGAGAGGUCCGGGGAGUAGCGGUGUCCGUACCUCUUCAUUUCCCCAAGAUGGGGCCAGGGGCUGUUUCGGCGAACGCGCUGUGAUCUUCCUACGAUAUCUGCUCGGGUCCAGUGACGGUCGCCGCCAUCUGUCCAGAAUGAUAAGAGGAAGCAGUCGGCGAUACGACCGCAACCACGUUGCCAUAAUGAAUGCAGUCUCGACAAGUGCUCCCCGCUCGUACAGGCAAGACUUGUUCAAAAGGUAUCGGCUGCGACUCGUCAUUGCCUGAAUGCUUUUUGUUCAGCGGAGUGUUUCACAGAGGGCUGACCCAUAGGCAGCCCCAGGCGUCCUGAUGCGGGACAGAUUGGGCGGCACGCAGAAGUUGUCUUGGGGUGAGGACGGAGAAGGAGAAUCUGCGAUUUUCCCUCCAAAGCGCGGCCCACCCUUUUUCCCAGUCUGUGGCAUGUGCGCUGUGCGUGGGUUGGUUGGCAGCCUAAGGACCCUUCUGACCAGACCCGCGACAUCCCUCACGGCCGCCUCGCAGCUUGGGGCGCGCGCCCCCUGCUGCCAGCAGGCCCAGGGAGUCCACGGAAGGGCGUCCGCGCAGGCAGCCGCCGACGGCGGGAGAGAAGCGGUGCGGUGCACCGGCGAGCAGAAAACGAAAACUCUUGGGCUCGGGUGAUGGGCCUGUUUUUCACCACCAC